UGUCUGGCUGCUGUCCUGUCAUCGGCCUGGGUGUGGUCUUGCAGUCAGGGGUACCGUUAGCAGGAAAUCAAGCUACAGUCCAUUUCACUUUAAGGCGAAACAAAGAAAAUAAUACUCUCCCCGCGCUUAGGGUUGAAAAUAGUUCUUCGUAGGCAAGCUAAAAGUCACGUUUGUGUCCUCGAGACGGGAGGGCGUUUGAUUGGCGCCGUUGUUCUGAUGGGAAAAAGUUUCCUACUGGUCUCGCUAACUAGUAGUCUGAUUUAAUAAGUUUUUUUUCUUCAUAAAAGCUGAACCGGACGUUAAAGAAAGGAACGAUGCCGAAGACGAUUAGUGUCAGAGUCACUACAAUGGACGCUGAACUGGAGUUCGCCAUUCAGCCAAAUACAACAGGAAAGCAACUCUUUGACCAGGUUGUUAAGACCAUUGGGCUGCGAGAGGUUUGGUACUUUGGACUCCAAUACCAGGAUACAAAGGGUUUCUCUACCUGGCUCAAGCUCAACAAGAAGGUGACAGCCCAGGAUGUGAGGAAGGAAAGCCCGCUGCUGUUUAAGUUCCGUGCCAAGUUCUUCCCCGAGGAUGUGACUGAAGAGUUAAUCCAGGAUGCCACACAGCGGCUGUUCUUCCUGCAGGUUAAGGAGGGAAUCUUAAAUGACGACAUCUACUGCCCUCCAGAGACUGCAGUCCUCCUGGCCUCCUAUGCGGUGCAGGCCAAGUAUGCCGACUACAACAAGGAAGUCCACACACCGGGCUAUCUGUCCAGUGAACAGCUGCUCCCUCAGAGAGUUCUGGACCAGCACAAACUAAACAAGGAACAGUGGGAGGAGAGGAUUCAAGUGUGGCAUGAAGAACACAAGAGCAUGAUGAGAGAAGAGUCCAUGAUGGAGUAUCUGAAGAUCGCUCAAGAUCUGGAGAUGUACGGAGUCAACUACUUCAGCAUCAAGAAUAAGAAAGGAACAGAACUGUGGUUGGGAGUGGACGCUUUGGGGCUCAACAUUUAUGAACAGAAUGACAAAAUGACGCCCAAAAUUGGAUUUCCUUGGAGCGAAAUCAGGAACAUUUCCUUCAACGACAAGAAGUUUGUCAUUAAACCAAUUGACAAGAAAGCACCUGACUUUGUAUUCUAUGCUCCGAGACUGCGCAUCAACAAGCGCAUUCUGGCUCUUUGCAUGGGCAACCAUGAGCUGUAUAUGCGCCGCCGAAAACCGGACACCAUAGAAGUGCAGCAGAUGAAGGCUCAGGCUCGGGAGGAGAAGAAUCACAAGAAGAUGGAGAGGGCUCUGCUGGAGAACGAAAAGAGGAAAAGAGAAGUUGCAGAAAAAGAAAAGGAAAAGAUUGAGAAGGAAAAGGAGGAAUUAAUGGACAGAUUAAAGCAGAUCGAGGAGCAGACAAAAAAAGCCCAACAAGAGUUGGAGGAGCAAACACAGAGGGCUCUGGAGUUGGAGCUGGAGAGGACGUCCGCUAUGGAGGAGGCUGAACGUCUGGAGAACGAGCUGAAGGGUGCUGAGGACGCCAAGGCGGCGCUGCUGCAGCAGUCACAGAACCAGAUGAAGAACCAAGAACACCUGGCGACAGAGUUGGCUGAUCUGACCUCGAAGAUUUCCCUCCUGGAGGAUGCCAAGAAAAAGAAGGAAGAGGAGGCCGUGCAGUGGCAAGAGAAGGCCACCACGGUGCAGGAGGACCUGGAGAAGACCAAAGAAGAGCUCAAAAACAAAGUGAUGGCGGCUCACAUCCAGGAGCCACUCAAUGCAGAGAACGAGCAGGAUGAUGAGAACGACGAGAGCAACGCUGAGGCCAGCGCUGAGUUCACAGAUGCCGCCACGUACAAGGACCGCAGUGAAGAGGAACGCAUGACCGAGGCUGAGAAGAACGAGCGUUUGCAGAAACAUCUACUCGCUUUAAGCUCAGAGUUGGCCAACGCUCGGGACGAGAGCAAGAAAACAGUGAACGACAUCAUCCAUGCAGAGAACAUGCGAGCAGGACGAGACAAGUACAAGACCCUCAGACAGAUCCGGUCAGGAAACACCAAACAGCGCAUUGACGAGUUCGAGUGCAUGUGAUGUCCGCGUGCACCCAUGCAAAAGCCCGCACAGCUGGGCCUUUCUGCCUGGACUGCAGUCCUGCCUCACACAAGCUGUUUCCUCUGUACCCAAAUAAAUCAGAUCCACGUCAUGGCAUGGUUGCACAAGCACAGCGUAAUGUACAAAUAUGGAUCUGGGAAUUUCCAUUUGUUAUCAUUCCUAACUUUGAAUUUAGACAAGUCACUGGUUGAAAAGGGACAAACUGUAUUUUGUUAGUACAUUCCUCAAAAGGGGUUCAUGUAGCAUAUUAGUAACAGGCUCAUGCCAAAUGACAUGACACAUUGAGUAAGCAUUUUUAAUUUCUUUAUACAUUUCUGUCACGUUUUUGUAUCAGGAUUUCAAAAUAAAAGUCUCAGAGACCAAUCCAAAUUUCACACUGAAAACUGUGCCUGUAGAACCUGUAGAUAUAUUUCUACUGUACGCAUGCAACGGUUCUUUGAAGCAAGCUAGAUUUUUCCGACAGUAAUAUUUCCCCCAUGAUCCGCUGCCCAUAGUUUAAAAAACCAAACGCACUGUAAUCUGUCCAUGUCGUGCAUUAAUUUAGCAGUAUUAUUUCUUUGUAAAUUUACUUUAAAUUGACUUAUCAUUUGAGUGUAUUCUAAAUCUGCCUACUGUUACAAAUCAGUAUUUACACCCCACUCACAAGGUGAUAUUAAAGAUCAAUUUCAUUUCAAUGUUUUGUCUGUUUUUACAUUUCUGAACACCUUUGAGUUAUUAGAAGGCUUUUGUGUAAAUGUUGCUGUUUUUCAGUGUUAUCAUCUAUUCAAUUCAACGUUCACUUUAUUAAACUGAUAGGACAUUUGAAGUUGAUUUUACUGUACCUUAAAGAGUUUUACUCUAGUUUUGUACCUCUGCUUUUAUUUUUUAAUUCUCCUCAACAGUUUGUUUCUUAAUCAAAAUAUUUUUUGUUGUUGCAUAUAACCAGAACAGCAUAAGGAAUUACACUGUAGUUGUCACACAGAAGGAUAUCAAGUGUAGUUUAAUCUAACAUGCUCUGCCAUGUGUUUUCUUAACAGAGUAGAAUUUUUAUUUCCAUUAAAACCUCCAUAUAAUCAGAAUAAAAUAAUUUCAUUAAACGUGCACUGGAAAACCAUAGUUUGACUUUGCAAAAUGAGUCAAGACAGACUUAUUACUGUCCAAGGUGGGGGCUGUUUCCAAUGCAUGUAUUUUUUGAUAUACUGUAUGUAUUUAAUUACAUUUGUGGGUUUUGUAAUUUGGAUUUUUCAGAAGUGAUAGAAUUAUGUAAGGUGGAAAACAGACACCACUGAGGAUAUUUUUGUACUAUAGAACCUAGAAGUACUUGUCAGUGUUACCAGUUUGUGAUUAGCAAGAACAGCAUUUUGAAAACAGUAUUUUGUUGUAAACUAAUUGAAGAGCUCACGGCUGUGAAAUAACGCUGAUGGGACAAGCAACACCCCAAAGCCUGUGAUAGGACCAAUGGAAAGCCAGAUGCUACAGGGAAUUCUGUUUGUGGUAUGUUAACAGCAGGCAAACCAUGCAUAAAGGUUUCAAAUAUGGCCAAAACAUUUUGCAUAAACAUGAACGUAAUAACCAGAUUACAUUUUGGCAUUCAGACGUGUGAAGGGUUUUGUUAGGUCUUUGAUAUUUACAAAUCAAUGUUUGAAAGAUGUAUUUACUCUAUCUUGCAAGUAAAGGUAUUUUAGAUUUUUUUUUAAAUACGAUUUUGAUUCCUCUUAUUAAUUGAGCGUUUGUCAUUUGUACCAAGACGAAUUUUGAUAUACAGUAUUCUUGCCCAUUGCUGCGUAUAGUUGUAUCUACCAUGAAGUGUAAAAAUGCGGUUGUUGCUAUUUUGAAUAACUUCCAUGCCUUUGACAAUAACUGGUAUAAUGCUGCACUGUAUGUUCUACCUGAAGCGCCAUGUGUUGACAACCAACUUUUAAUAAUCAAGUGUAUUUUGAACUCAAGUCAUAAUGUGGGAAAAAGAAAUGUAUUGACAUAUGCUGCUCAAUAUAUUUUUUUUUAAACAAAAAUUGCUGAAACAUAAUAUUGUAAAUUGACAGACAGUGCCUUGCCAAAGUUUUUCAUCAGAUCUUGCUGCUUCAAGUCUUCUCUUCACCAAUAAAAUAAAAGUCAAAUUAAACUG